AAUUUUGAUUAUGGAAAGUUAUCAACUCGAAUAUGACAAGGACGGUUUGCUGGCUGACACGUUCUGGAGGACACGACAGCGCGCGAUCCCGGGCAGGCCUUGUCAGAGAGUUGGGGGAAACGAGGUUAUGUCUGGGUCGUCGUAUCAGCAGUUCCAGGCGUCGGUGAACGACGCCUGGGACCUCGGCGAUGACGACAUCAUCUCCGGUAUUGCCGACACCAAGAUAUCAAAAGCCAUAUCGCAGACUGCCGCUUUAAACGUAAUAAAUUCUCAUAGGAAUAGUAAUAAGAACGUAAACAAAGGUGACGUCAAAGUAGAAAAUGAGAACACAAAGGUUGGUGUUGAUAGUGUUAGUGUGAAGAAGAGUGAGGCGAGGAAGGCCGGGGGCGGGUCUGGGGUGGGUUCAGGUCCGCUGCGGCACUACCCCGGGCGUCCGAGGCCGGUCCGGCUCUCCGCUCUUAGUAAUCGCGACGAGAGCAACGAGUCGAAGCUGGAGAGGUUUCAACAGCUGCAGGAGAAUGCCGUCGUGGACCUCGACGAACUGAAGCAGCUCAGCUGGUCUGGUAUUCCCACAAAGGCCAGAGCGGUGACGUGGCGUCUUCUCGCGGGCUAUUUACCCGCAAACUUGGAGCGCCGCGCUGAGACGUUGGAACGUAAACGCGCCGACUACAAGCAUCUCGUUCGACAGUACUACGAUGACGUCACAGAGAGAGACGACGACACGUAUCGACAAAUACACAUUGACAUACCUCGCAUGAGUCCUCUGGUUGCCCUAUUCCAACAGACUACUGUUCAGGUUUGUUUUUACAAAAUGUUUAAAGUUAUCUAUUGUCUUUUAAACCACACAUGGACAGAAACAGCGUUUAUCGUAAAACUAUUAUUAGAACAAGAUAUUACGGAAUACCCCAUUUCACUAUAAAUAGAAUCUAAAAAA